AUGGAACUGUUUGGGGAUUGUGGUAGGAGGGACACCGCUCGCGUCGUGUCUCUGCUGCUCCUGCUAUUCUCGCUGGCGUCGUGGAUUCUGGAGCUGUCGAUCGAUGUGUUUCCCGUGUCGAACCCAGCAUACAGUCAAACCCUGCCGCCUCCGAUUUUCAAGUGGUCUGCAAGCAAUUCUACCCAGACCUCCUGGCACGUUUUGAGCCUAACCGAACUCCCAGAGUACGAAGAGGACUGGUGGAACCUACCCAAUGUCUUUGCGACGAAAGGCAAGUCGAGGUACUACGUGGAAGAAUACAAGAACUACGUGUGGAGCGAGCCACAGGACAGGUACAUCGACGGCGACAUCACUGUCGCCAGUUGGCCGCCGAAUGGCAAGCAGCAUAGCAAUUGGUCGCCGGAUGACAAGCCGGAUCUGGUCUACGGGAAGAGCGACACUGUGAUGGUAGAAGGCAUCACAUGCUCUUCGGGAGGCAAGGGGGCAAACCUCACCAACGAUUUCGUUCCAGUUACCCUCAAGAACGCAACCGACGACAUCGAAGAAUGGGGCACCGUUCUGGAGUGUGACCAAGGGCCUGCGCGUAUUGACGUCAUUGGCAAGAGCAAGCCGUCGAUCAUCUCACCGAGGGCGACACGGGAGACACACACGUAA